UUUUGUUUGUAAGUAAACAUCUGUAAGAAAUGUGCUGGAGCGAUAUGUUCCACCAAAUUUACUUAUUUACAGAAAAUUAAUUUUCCUUAUAUUACGGUGUACUGUAAUUAAAAAAGAGACACAAUUCUUCAAAGGUUUCUGUUCAAAGUAUUUUGAUGAUACAAAAAGCAGAUGUAAAUUUGCUGCAGGUGAAAGUGAACUGAUCGGAGCGUCUGAGAUACUGGAAGAAAACAACUUUGCCCAAGCAACAGGCAGUUUUGAAAGAGAAUUGUGAAAGUCAGAGCGACCUCGAUCGUUAUAAUGCUGUCUUGAUUUAUUAUAAUCAGCAAUAAUUUUUAUAAUACAUGAUUAUUUUUUAUUGGCGGAAGUUAUUUUUAAACAUUUAAAAUAUGUGGCUAAAACUGUUACUUUUAACUAUAUAUUUGCUUUUUUUGUUUAUACUCGCUCGCCUUCUGGAGGCAGCGUCAUGGUAUCACGAUACUGGAACGUUUUUGACAUCUUUUGCUGUUUUAGAUCCAAUAACAUUGAGUGUAAAAAAAUUAAAGCAGUUACUAGAUAACAGAGGUAUCAGUUACUCCGGCGUGGUGGAAAAGAAGGAGUUAAUGGAACUUGUUGAGUCAUCAGGUAAAGCAACUAAUGAGGAGCUUGUGGAUGAUACUUCCACAUCAAAAGUUUCAACUGAAUCGACACAUUUCAGUUGUGGAUCUCAUUUCUACGAAGAAGUAGAAGAUACAAAAGAUAGUGCUUGGUUAGUGCAAGUAAUAAUGAGCGAUGAUGACCCACCUUUGCUUUCGGAGAAUACGUGGAAGCAAAUAUUUUCUUAUGUUAGUAAUUUUGGUGUGAGAACAGGAAUAUUCAGAUGUUCUCUGGAUAGCAGAUUAUGCUCUCGUAAAGGAUGGAUUUCACCCAGACUUAUACUAGCUUUGCCAAAAGGAUAUAAAGCAAAAGAAGAUGUCAUUUUUCAUAAUUAUCUGCAACAUACUACAGCAACUUCUGUUCUUCAGUGGGUGCGGAAGCACUUAGCAUCUCGUGUUAAAGAGAUCACAUCUGAAAAAGAAAUAGAGAACUGGAUGAAAUAUUCUGAUGCCACAAAAAAUUCAGAAAUAAGGCUAAUAUUUUUCUCUAUUUUGAAGUCUUGUCCAAUGUUUUUGUCUUCUCUUGCUAUCAAGUUUAAUGGACGUGUAAAAUUUGGUACAGUUGACACUUCCAAAGUUAGUUCGUACAAAAAAUUUACAGCUUCUCAUAAUCUUCCUGUGUAUUUAGUGAUUACUCCUGAAAAGACUUAUGUAUAUGGUUCUCGACAUGGUGAAUGUUACAACUUCAAAAGCAUGGAAUUGUUUUUAAGAACUUUUGUGCCUGAAGUUAAUGAUGUUUUUCUGUGGUCAUUAUUGUUAAUCAAUGCCCUUGCUAGUUUUGAAUUAUUUUUCAUGUACAGCCAAGUUUGGAAGCAUUUUUUGUUAUAUGUUGUGUGCAUUGUGAAAUAUAAUUGUUUAUUAUUCCUGUUCUGGUUGACGAUUUUAGCUCUCUAUCAGUUUCCAUUUACGUUGACUUGCACACAUGUGUUAUUAAAAUUUUUAAGAAUUGUUAGUGGUUCAUAUAUAGCUACAGUUUUACGAAGUGAUUAUAAAAACUUCUACUCCUAUACCUUUCUGUUAGUUACCUUUGUUAUGUUUGCGAGCAUUGCCGGCUUUCUGUUGAGAAAAUUUAACUGGAUUGCAGAAGAUAAUAGUGCUUUCUUUUCUAAUUGGUGGUUUGUUCCAAGAGAAGGUUUUCCAAUGACAUAUUUCUUUCGACCAAUGGCCACUUUGACAAGACCACUUACUUCUCAAGAUAUGGAUUUAGAGGUUGGUAUGGAGCUUUUAAUUGAAAGGCUUGCUGUACCUAAUCUGUGGCUGCAACCUGUGAUAUCAAUGGACUAUAUAAAAGAUUUACCUGUCUGGAAAUAUCAAGGUUGGUGUGAAGCUGAUGAUGCUUAUGAAGAUAAUAAAGGAGAAAUUUUAUGUUCUAGUGAUGAUGAAAGUGCCAAUUUGAUUACCUUUAAACCAGUUGAUCAAACUUUAGUGCCUAAAUCUCAAACUUCAUCAUGUGACAAUCUAUAUUCAGAAUUAAAUUAUGCUGCAAUGAGAACAAAUGCAGUAGCUAGUCAAGAAAAGUACAACCAAAUGAAUGGUGAAAAUAUGGCACACUUGCAACGUUCUAAUUCCUCAUUACUAUCUUCCUCCAGCCUUUAUGCGCCAAAAAUAACUGAAAAGUCAUGCUCUAAAUUGUCUGAUGCGGACAGAGCUCCAAAAGGGAUGCUGGAAUUCCGAGAAUGUUCAAUAUGUUUGGAGAGUUACCGAUAUGGUGAAAUCCUUUGUGGUCUUCCCUGUGGUCACAAUUUUCACAUGAACUGUAUAAUGUCUUGGUUGUCACGUGAUAACCACUGUUGUCCCAUUUGCCGGUGGCCUUCUUACAAAGCUAAAAAUCGUAUGCCUCACUCACAUUUUCAAUAACUAAACUAGAAUAUGUAUUAAGUUGAAUGUCACCUCUUGUCUAUUUUGAAAUAUAUUCAGAAUAUUUUUACAAAUAAUUAUGAUAUUAGUAAUGUAUAAACAUCUUGUGAAAGUCUUUUUUGUAUAAUUGAAUUAGAUUCUUAUGACAAGUUAUCAGACUGUUUGUUUUUACAUGUAAUAAAUAUUACAGACUUCCAAAUCA